AUGCAAGUGUCCAGUGAAAAGGAAGAAGAUGAUAAUGAAAAAAGGGAAGAUCCAGGGGAUAAUUGGGAAGAAGGUGGAGGAGGCGGCGGAGGCAUAGAAAAGUCUUCGGGUCCCUGGAACAAGACGGCUCCAGUGCAGGCGACACCGGCCCCAGCCAUUGUUCCAGAAACCCCAGAACCAGCGAUGACUAGUGGCGUGUACAGACCUCCUGGAGCCAGGUUAACCACAACGAGGAAGACACCACAAGGGCCACCAGAGAUCUUCAGCGACACACAGUUCCCUUCCCUGCAGUCCACUGCCAGGCACGUAGAAAGCCGGAAGUGA